AUGUCUGCCCCAGCUGCUAACGGUGAAGUUCCAACUUUCAAAUUAGUUCUUGUCGGUGACGGUGGUACUGGUAAGACCACUUUUGUCAAAAGACAUUUGACCGGUGAAUUCGAAAAGAAGUACAUCGCCACCAUUGGUGUUGAAGUGCAUCCCUUAUCUUUCUACACCAACUUUGGUGAAAUCAAAUUUGACGUCUGGGAUACUGCUGGUCAAGAAAAAUUCGGUGGCCUAAGAGACGGUUACUACAUCAACGCCCAAUGUGCCAUCAUCAUGUUCGAUGUCACCUCCAGAAUCACCUACAAGAACGUUCCAAACUGGCACAGAGAUUUAGUGCGUGUUUGUGAAAACAUCCCAAUUGUCUUGUGUGGUAACAAGGUCGAUGUCAAGGAAAGAAAGGUCAAGGCGAAGACCAUCACUUUCCACAGAAAGAAGAACUUGCAAUACUACGAUAUUUCCGCCAAGUCUAACUACAACUUUGAAAAGCCUUUCUUAUGGUUGGCCAGAAAAUUGGCUGGUAACCCACAGUUAGAAUUUGUUGCUUCUCCAGCUUUGGCCCCACCAGAGGUCCAAGUCGAUGAACAAUUGAUGCAACAAUACCAACAAGAAAUGGAACAAGCUACUGCCUUGCCAUUGCCUGAUGAAGAUGAUGCUGAUUUAUAA